AUGAUCUGCUACCGUUUCCUUCUUCCCGACUGCACCUGUCCUGUCCCGAGAAAUCUCGGCUACCUCCUCCUGAUACCUCGCCGUCGGGAACCCAACUCUGCCCUCACCCCUCCGCACCAAGCUGCCGCGGCUGCGGCUGCAGCAUCAGUAAUGGUGCUGAUCACUCUCGUCCGCGACUACAUCGACCGCAUGCUCCACGACAUCCCGGGCAUGAAGGUCCUCGUCCUCGACCCCCAAACCGUUGGGAUGGUGAGCGUGGUGUACAGCCAGUCGGAUCUGCUGCGGAAGGAGGUCUUCCUCGUCGAGACCAUGGACAACGCCUCCAGCUCCAGGGAGUCCAUGGCGCACCUCAAGGCCGUCUACUUCCUCCGACCCUCCGCCGACAACGUCCAGAAGCUCCGCAGGCACCUCGCCGUGCCGCGCUUCGCCGAGUACCACCUCUUCUUCUCCAGUAUAUUGAAGGUCCCUCAGAUUCAAAUACUUGCGGAUUCGGAUGAGCAGGAGGUUGUGCAGCAAGUUCAGGAGUUCUAUGCUGAUUUUUGUGCCAUUGACACAUACCAUUUCACCCUCAACAUACAAAACAACCACAUGUACAUGCUCCCAACGGUGGUCGAUCCUCCUGGUAUGCAGAGCUUCUGUGAUCGAGCUGUUGAUGGCAUUGCUUCUGUCUUCUUGGCUUUGAAGCGCCGCCCUGUUAUUAGAUAUCAGAGGACAUCAGAUGUUGCGAAAAGGAUUGCACAAGAAACUGCGAGAUUGAUGUAUGAGCAGGAGAGUGGCCUGUUUGAUUUUAGACGAACAGAAAACUCUUCCUUGUUGUUGGUGAUCGAUAGGAGGGAUGAUCCUGUUACACCUUUACUUAACCAGUGGACCUACCAGGCAAUGGUUCAUGAGCUUAUUGGAAUCGAGAACAACAAGGUGGAUCUUAGGGGAUUUGCUAAUGUACCUAAAGACCAGCAGGAGGUGGUUCUAUCAUCGGUUCAAGAUGAUUUUUUUAGAGCUAACAUGUUUGAGAACUUUGGGGACCUCGGUAUGAACCUCAAAAGAAUGGUAGAUGACUUUCAGCAUCUUUCUAAGAACAGCCUUAAUCUCCAGAGCAUAGGUGACAUGGCAAAGUUCGUGAGCAACUAUCCAGAAUAUCGAAAGACACAUGGAAAUGUAACGAAACAUGUCAAUCUGGUGAGCGAGCUGAGCAGAAUUGUGGAGGAAAGGAAACUUAUGCUAGUUUCACAGACAGAACAAGAGCUAGCAUGUACUAGUGGACAAGCAGCAGCCUUUGAGGCUGUCACUUCCUUGCUAAACAAUGAAAGUGUAUCUGAUAUUGACCGCUUGCGAUUAGUAAUGCUCUAUGCUUUGCGGUAUGAAAAAGAGAGUCCAGUUCAAUUGAUGCAACUUUUCAACAAAUUGGCUUCUCAUUCUGCCAAAUACAAAUCAGGGCUUGUUCAAUUCCUCCUUAAGCAAGCUGGCGUUGAUAAGAGAACAGGCGACUUGUAUGGGAACCGUGAUCUGUUAAAUAUUGCUCGCAAUAUGGCUCGUGGGCUUAAGGGAGUUGAGAAUGUCUACACCCAACACCAGCCUCUUAUCGUCCAAACGAUGGAAGGAAUUGUGAAAGGGAGGUUGCGAGAUGUUGACUAUCCACUUGUUGGCAAUCAUUUCCAGCAGGGCAGGCCUCAAGAUGUUGUCAUAUUCAUUGUUGGAGGGACAACUUACGAGGAAGCAAGAUUGGUAGCCCUUUAUAAUGCAGCAAAUCCGGGAGUUCGUUUCUUCCUUGGAGGUUCAGUGGUUCUAAAUUCAAAGAGAUUUCUUGAAGAUUUGGGAGAGGCACAAAGGAUAUCAAAAUCAAGCACUAUAAUAUGA